CCCAGAACAUCGACGAACAAAGCCGCGCUUCCUCCGCCCACGCGUCACCAGACUAAGGUCAUCGCCGGAAGCGGAACAAAGACCUAAAUCACCUCCCAACGACUACAUGAAGGCCCUCAAGACCAACAAUACUCACAAUCUCCGAAACGUACCACCAGCUUCCUCACAUUAUCUACCAUGGAUCGCGCAAGCAGCCGCCGUUCACGCUCGAACUCCACCUCCCAAGCCCGCGUACCAGUCGACUUUCGCGCCGUUACCAAAGCAAUGGACCGAGAGCUGCGCGACCUCAAAGCCCAGAAUGGAACCCAGCAGAACUGGAUCAAAGCGCUCAUCGGCGCCCUCAUCGUCCUGAUCCUCUUCAUCCUCACCCGCCCCACAACCACGUACUCCCCCGAUUUGAAACCCAACUACCGCAAGCGCUCCUCUAUUAUUUGGCCCCUCAACCAAACAACAGCGGGGCCAUGUCUUUCGCGCGUACAAGAGCCUCUUUUCACGAGCUUUGAGCCGCCAUUGCAGGACCUGACGCCUGCUCACCUGGGCUUCAUCCAUGCGGAUGAUCCAUGGAAGACGCUGAGCCUCGACGAAACGUACAUCCAAAGGGAGUGCACGAUUGAGCGCUUCAAUGAAUAUGUGAAUGGGUAUUUGAAGGAAAAGUGGCAGACCGGAAGAGGGACCUUGUGUGGGACUUGGUGGGAACCGGGCAAGUUUGACAGAAGGGUUUGCAGCGAGGCGAGGAAGCGCUUUGAUGAGGCUGCUAUGGAAGUGCGGGCGGAACUUAAGGCGAAGGCUAAGAUAGCGAGACGUGAUGAGGAGGAGUAUAGAAAAAGACAAGCCGAGAUUUAAAGAUCGGAGGGAUGAUCUCAAUGGAGGAGUGCGAAAUCGUGUUCUUUCUGCAGUUGGUUGGCUACGGUAGAUGUAUUUUUUCAUAUUGUUUCCGCAGUUGGUUUAAU